AUGGUUUGGGGGCGGAGCAAGCCUGGCUCAGCCCUGGACAGGCGACUGGCCAUCGCUAAGCAAGCACUAGCCACGCCUAAGGUUGGGGGGCGACCAAUAAGAGGCAGGCCUUGGCGGUCAAUGGCAGCCCAAUUCGUCGUAUUUCAGCUCUUUGUCUCAACCAAGGUCGAGGAACGCCCACCUGGAUCUUGGGAACUUGGAAGUAAUCGCCAAUCGCUCCCAACCGCCACCAGGUCCAUCACGAUCGCUCAUUUCUGUCUGAUAGCUGCCACUGCCGCCCCUUGCAAUCGACAAUGGACAUCGAAGGACGGUAUUCUUUCUUAG